AAAAAGGUAAGUUUUUUAAUCCUUUUCUCUUUUGUCACCCACCUCGGAGUGUUGGUCCGCCCGGUCUCGAUUUUCCACGAUACAAGAGAAAAUGUGGAAAAAGAGAGUCAAUCAUGUGAGUCGUGGAAGCGAAAAUAGCGUCCAAUGAGCGGCUGCCACGGGCCCGACUCCCACCGUCACUCAGAAGGUAUUAUUAACCCUCCCCCAGAUCAUAUCCCACACUCUCUCACCAGAAAUUGAUCACGUCGUUUCAAACCUCUUUCAAUUUCGUUUUUACCAGAAUAACAAAAAAGAACAAUGCAGAUCUUUGUGAAAACUUUGACCGGAAAAACCAUCACAUUGGAAGUUGAGCCUUCAGAUACAAUUGAGAAUGUGAAGGCCAAAAUCCAGGACAAAGAAGGUAUCCCGCCAGACCAACAAAGGCUGAUUUUCGCUGGCAAGCAACUUGAGGAUGGUAGAACUCUCUCGGAUUAUAACAUUCAAAAGGAAUCGACUCUGCACUUGGUCCUCCGUCUCAGAGGUGGGAUGCAGAUCUUCGUAAAGACUUUAACCGGCAAGACUAUUACACUUGAAGUAGAGCCUUCCGACACUAUUGAAAAUGUCAAGGCAAAGAUCCAAGAUAAAGAAGGAAUCCCCCCAGAUCAGCAGAGGUUGAUUUUCGCUGGAAAACAGCUUGAAGAUGGUCGAACCCUUUCUGACUAUAACAUUCAAAAAGAAUCAACCCUCCACCUUGUGUUGAGAUUGAGAGGAGGCAUGCAGAUCUUCGUGAAGACUCUUACAGGAAAGACCAUCACUUUGGAAGUCGAGCCUUCUGAUACAAUUGAAAAUGUUAAAGCUAAGAUUCAAGAUAAAGAGGGUAUUCCUCCAGAUCAGCAGAGGUUGAUUUUUGCAGGAAAGCAACUUGAAGACGGCCGAACACUUUCCGAUUAUAACAUUCAGAAAGAAUCUACCCUCCAUCUUGUAUUGAGAUUGCGAGGAGGGAUGCAAAUUUUUGUUAAAACUCUAACCGGAAAGACCAUAACUUUAGAAGUCGAGCCAUCAGACACUAUUGAAAAUGUCAAAGCUAAAAUACAAGACAAAGAAGGCAUUCCCCCAGACCAGCAGAGGCUGAUUUUUGCCGGAAAACAACUCGAGGAUGGGCGUACGCUCUCAGAUUAUAACAUUCAAAAGGAAUCGACUUUGCAUUUGGUUCUCAGGUUGAGAGGAGGUAUGCAAAUAUUCGUAAAGACUUUGACAGGCAAAACCAUCACUCUUGAGGUCGAACCAUCCGACACAAUUGAAAAUGUUAAGGCCAAGAUUCAGGAUAAAGAAGGCAUCCCACCAGAUCAACAGAGGUUAAUCUUCGCUGGAAAACAGUUGGAAGAUGGACGCACUCUUUCGGACUACAAUAUUCAAAAAGAAUCCACCCUUCACCUCGUUUUGAGGCUGAGAGGAGGUAUGCAAAUCUUUGUGAAAACUUUAACAGGAAAGACGAUCACUCUUGAAGUCGAACCAUCGGAUACGAUUGAAAAUGUCAAAGCGAAAAUUCAGGAUAAAGAAGGUAUCCCACCAGACCAGCAGAGGCUCAUCUUUGCCGGUAAGCAGUUAGAAGAUGGGCGCACUCUUUCUGAUUAUAACAUCCAGAAAGAAUCCACUCUUCAUCUUGUCCUAAGGCUCCGUGGUGGAAUGCAAAUCUUUGUGAAAACAUUAACAGGGAAAACAAUCACCUUGGAAGUCGAACCUUCUGAUACAAUUGAAAACGUAAAAGCUAAAAUUCAAGACAAAGAAGGUAUCCCUCCAGAUCAGCAGAGAUUGAUUUUUGCCGGCAAACAACUUGAAGAUGGUCGUACAUUAUCAGAUUACAAUAUCCAAAAAGAAUCCACACUCCACCUUGUUUUAAGGCUCAGAGGAGGUAUGCAAAUCUUUGUGAAAACUUUAACAGGAAAGACAAUCACCCUCGAAGUCGAGCCAUCUGACACCAUUGAUAAUGUCAAAGCUAAGAUUCAGGAUAAGGAAGGGAUCCCUCCAGACCAGCAGAGGUUAAUUUUUGCUGGAAAGCAAUUGGAAGACGGACGCACACUUUCGGAUUACAACAUCCAGAAAGAAUCCACUCUUCAUCUUGUCUUGAGGCUCAGAGGCGGCAUGCAGAUCUUCGUCAAGACUUUGACUGGCAAAACCAUCACUCUCGAAGUCGAGCCAUCAGAUACCAUUGAAAACGUAAAAGCCAAAAUCCAAGAUAAAGAAGGAAUUCCCCCAGAUCAGCAAAGGCUCAUCUUUGCCGGCAAGCAACUGGAAGAUGGUCGUACACUCUCCGAUUACAAUAUUCAGAAAGAAUCUACUCUCCACCUCGUACUGAGACUCCGAGGAGGCCAAUAAUUUCAAAACACAACACAGUCAUUCCCUAUUUUUACUUUUUUUUAUUAUGGAAAAAUUAUAUAUUCAUCAUAAUUUAUAGAACUCUUUUUUGAUAUUUUUCUCAAUCUGGUUAGACCAAGGCUGCUUUUUGCUUGUAAGAAUUUCAAAUCAAUAAAUUAAAGAUAUAAUGCCUAGUUAAA